AUGGUAGGAGUGUUGGUGGUGAUGGCAAGAGUGGUGGUGAUGGUAGGAGUGGUGGUGAUGGUGGGAAUGGUGGUGAUUGCAGUAGGAGUGGUGGUAGUGGUAGUGAGUGGUGGUGGUGAUGGUAGGAGUACUGGUGACUGUAGAAGUGGUGGUGGUUGUAGGAAUGGUGGUGAUGGUGGUGAUUGUAGAAGUGGUGGUGAUGGUAGGAGUGGUAGUGGCUGUGGCAGUGCUGGUGAUGGUGAGAGUGAUGGUGGUAGUUGUAGUGGUGAUGAUGGUAGGAGUGGUAGUGGCUGUGGCAGUGCUGGUGAUGGUGGGAGUGAUGGUGGUAGUUGUGGUGAUGAUGGUAGGAGUGGUGGUGGUUGUGGCAGUGCUGGUGAUGGUGGGAGUGAUGGUGGUAGUGGUAGUGGUGGGAGAAGUCGUAGUGGUGGUGAUGGUAGGAAUGGUAGUGGUGGUGGUGGUGAUUGUGGGAGUGGUGGUGGUGCCAUGAGUAGUGGUGGUGGUGGUACGAGUUAUGGUGAUGAUGGUAGUGAUGGUAGGGGUGGUGGUGACAGUUGUGAUGGUUGGGGGGUGGUGAUGGUAGAAGUGGUGGUGUUGGUGGUAGGAGUAUUGGUGGUGGUGAUGGCUGAAGUGGUGGUGGGG